GGCAACCCAUGAUCGCAGACUCAACACGCAUCCUCACACCACUGACCUGGGCUGCGCUGUGUCCUGCAUGUGUGUGCGUGUGUAUGCAUGUGUGUGAGCGGGAGUGUGAGUGAUCCCCAGAAACGAGCAGCAGGAUGGAGGAUCUCAAGGAGAUCCUGGGAACUUUGGAUUGACGCCCGGGGGAUAACGCGCCGUCGGCCUGAACCUCGUCGGGCUUCUCGUGGAUUUUAUACAUUUGGAUGUUGUCUCUACCCCGUUUUUACCUUUUUCUUCUAGGCAGUGGGGAUUUACACUUGGCUUGCAGUCUCUGUUAUUUUUGGCGAACAAAAUGCCAUUCGCCAAAAGGAUUGUGGAGCCGCAGCUUCUGUGCAGACACCAGAUCCCCAACGAUGAAGGUCUGCUUUUCGAGGACCUGUGUGCCAUCAGUCAUGUGGUUCUCUCGCGGACCUUGCGACAGCUGUCCGACCUGGCACGGCAUGCGUGCUCCUUAUUUCAGGAGCUAGAGAACGACAUCAUGAGCACCAACCAGCGUGUCUGGGUCCUUCAGAACAAAAUAGGCCAGAUCCAGCAGACUGCCAAUGCCCUGGACCCCAAAAAGGAGGCAGUGCCUGUGUCGAACUUGGAUAUAGAGAGCAAGCUGUCGGCGCACUAUCAGGCUCCAUGGCACCAGCAACACAACGUGUUUCACCCGUGCACCAGACCGCCGUGUCUGGAGGAGCUCCACAGAAAUGCCCACCUGAGUCUUAGAGCUCUGCAUCGUGACGAACAACAGCAUCAGCUUUCUUCAAGUCGAGAGAGAAACAGUGUGACCAUCUCCAUCUCCGUGGCGCCACCUAUGCCCACCUUUCCCUCACCGCAUAGCAUCCGGCGGCAACAGAGGAGUCGACUCGCACGAGCGCAAGAGAGAGCAGAGAGGGAACGAGAGCUGGAGUAUCAACCCAGAAAGGAGAGGACUGUCAAAGAAACAGAGAUCCAGGCCACAGAGAGAAAGCUACAAGAGAGGCCUGGUAGAGAGGAGGAUAUGAAAACAAUCGAAAGGAAGUUUGAGUGCUUUUACUCACUUGAAACUAUUGAAGGUUGCAUCUUCAUUCCAUGGAAUAGAAAGGUUACCUCCAUAGAGAAAAGUGAAAGCAGUGAGGUGAUUGGAGGCCAAACAGCCAAGGCCGUAAACCACAGUGCCCCCUCAGCCCAAGACAAGCAGGCGAACUGGUCAAAGGAAAACGUCCCACCAUCAGAUCAGAAGACAAAUGGCGAUUCUCAAGCGGUCUCCUCAUGCAUUAUUCCCAUUAACGUCACAGCAGGAGUCGGGUUUGACAGAGAGGCCAGUGCCCGAUGCUCUCUAGUUCACUCCCAGUCGGUGCUUCAGAGAAGAAGGAAGCUGAGGAGGAGAAAGACUAUCACUGGAAUACCCAAACGGGUACAGCAGGACAUGGACUCAGAUGAAUCACCUGUGGCAAGAGAGCGUACAGUGAUCAUCCACGCCAAUUCACAUCAGCUAUCUCUCUGUCAAGAGGACCUCUCAAUUAGUGGGCGUCUCCAUCACACUCGUGACUCUGGCUGCCAGACAGAUGAUUUCCUUAUAGCAUGUACAGCUGCUCCCUCCAGAAGGCGCAUUAGAGCUCAGCGCAACCAUCAAGGGAUCCCUGCCUCUCUGUCCCAUUCUACGGGUAACAUUUCCUCCUUGGGUGACCAGUCGGACUCAACAUACACAACAGCCUCUACACAUGGUGGCCGCUUACGCUCACGUAGCCUUCCAAGAGAGGGCGGCCGUCUAAUUGACAGUGACGAAGACGAUGAUGACAACUAUGAUGAUGAUGAUGAAGAUGAGGAUUUAUCACCUUAUGAAGCAGAGGACUUCAUUCCAUCCGGACCAAGUCCAAGAAUGAAGAUGAUGAUGAUGAAGGAUGAAGAAGAGAGUACAGAUGAUCAGGCAGCCCCUGAGCCACUGCAACUUGGAAGCCUAAAAAGACUGCAGAGGUCUAGUGAAAGAGACAGGGGUAGCGGAGGAGGUGGGAGUCCAGAACAUAGCUGGAUGGAGAGGGGUCGUUCUCGCUUGCCCCGCAAGGCUGACAUGGGUAGCUGUGAAAUUUCAUCCAGUUCUGAUACUUUUAGCAGCCCUAUUCACUCAGUGUCUACUACAGGUGUUCUAGGCAGUCAUGUGGACCACAAGGAGGACCACCAGUCGUCAAGUGGAAACUGGAGUGGCUCCAGCUCCACUUGCCCCUCACAAACAUCUGAAACCAUCCCCCCUCCCUCUUCUCCACCCCUGACAGGCUCUUCCCACUGUGAUUCAGAGUUAUCACUUAAUACAGCACCCAAUGCCAUUGAUGAGGGAUUUUCCCUGGAUCCUUCCUACCACUCUGACCUCAGGCCCCAGAGUCAAGGCCACAGAUCAAGCUCUUUUACAUCAUCAGCCACAGACCAGCUAGAUGAUGCAGGGGUCAGUACAGCCAGCGAAGGGGAGUGGACAUACCCCCAAGACCAAGAUCAAACCGAUCCAGAUCAAGACCCAGAUCCCACCCAAAAGCUAAGUGAAAGCCACCAGUUUCUUCAAGAAUACAGCUCAAUGGAAGGUCUUAAUGACCAACCAUGUUUCAGUAAACAGAAAACAAAUGCUGAAAAAGAGCCUGGGUCUCAUUACCCCUCUGAUACAGAAGGUUUCUACUCAUCCUCUGUGAAUCUUGGGGAGUAUAAUCAGACCUACAGAGAAUACACAUGUAACUAUGCAGACCUCGGGCCUGAUUGUCAUCAGUCCAACACUGUGGCAAAACGAUUAUCUCAUGGAGGUUAUUCUCGGCCUCCACUUGAGUUCAAAACAGGCACUAUGACUUUAGGGAGGACUUGCCGUCCUUUAAGGAAAUCAAAAAUCAAACCUCCACCACCCAAGCGAACAUCUUCACUAAAGGAAACCAAUAGUAGUGUUGAUGUUGGAACAGACACACAAGCAGAUAAGGAUCAACCAAAGAUGGUUAGUGAGCAAGAACUUACCUCGUCUUCCACAGAUAUGAAGCUGGAACUGGACCUGGAACUUGGAGGAGCUCCAGAACCAUUACAGUCAUCUUGUCUAGUUGCAGAGUCUUUAGGAACUUGGGGCAUGGGACUGGGGGGAGCCAUGGACAUAGUAGAGCCCAUGUCCUUUAGCUCUGCAGAUACACACUCAUUUAAGGAUGAAGGUGCUGUGCAGUCUGACUAUGCAGAUCUGUGGCUUCACAACAGUGAGCUUAAGUCUAACAAUGGUGAGUACGCAUCAAUGUCUAACUCAAGCACAGCUACAGGCACCACUGUUAUGGAUUGUAUGAAGUCACCAGACAGCUCUUCCUCUUCCACAGAAACGCAAAUCCAGGCUGUUGCACAGACCUUAGAGUCCAAGGAAAGCAGUCCAUCUCUUCCAUCUGGAGACUUUAAACUUGGGUCACCUGAGAAACUGGCCGGCCUAGCCUCACCAUCAAGUGGCUAUUCCAGCCAAUCAGAAACCCCAACAUCAACCUUACCCUCAUCUUCAGCAGCCUUCUUCCCAGGACCACUGUCCCCUUCAACUGGCAAGAGAAAACCUAAAGUGCCAGAAAGGAAGUCAUCUCUCUCUUCCUUGCAACAGUUUCCCAGAGAUGGGGCUUCCAUUUCAUUUUGCAAUAAGAGAGAUCCAGACUUUCCACCUCCACCUUCUCAACUUGAUCUCAAUGUUCUACAUGGAGGCUAUGUGAGACACACUUUAUCCCACCGAGGAUACCACAUGCACACCCUUCACCACAACAAACACAGAGUUGCAAAUGUUUUGUCCGCUGGACCAAAAAUAAUGGUCCCCGAGAUAACCAAUACCAACCCACCACCAAGUUCAGGCUCUGCUUUAACAAGUCCAAACGUUCUGUCAGUUACUCCAUCAACAAUUCGUUCAGUGCAGCUUCAUUCAGUUAGCCAAUCUUCAGAGCCACAGAGUACUUCCACAACAUACCAGGACACAGCGAAUGGAACUGAGACUGUAACAAGGCCAAAAUGUCCCCCAAGUGGUUCCACCCUGGCUCCUCCCCCUGUUAAUACCAGGCCUCUCCCUCCCAGAAGGCCACCUCCCAGACCCCCAUGUCAUGAUCACACCUCUUCUCCUGAACGUUCACAGCCACCUCCACCUGGUCGCCAUCCUGAUGGACCUCCAUCGUAUGAAAGUCUGCUUCUAAGGCAGGACCGGUAUGGACCAGGAACCUUUUGGGCCAUGACUGCCUUCAGAACAAGGAUGGACCCUUCGUCUGACAUCUCUGAAGACAGUUCACCCCUGCAUAGACCAGUUCCACGUGCUCCACACCCUUCACCUGUGGAUCUCCACACUCAUAUUCACUCACACACAGAGUUCAGGGGGCUCACCCACUCAACACAUGCACGUUCCGAGUUUAGAGUUUUGGGGGAGCGCUCGUUCUCCCAGGAUGACGACGAGGACGAGGAUGAGGAGGAAGAGGAAGAAGAAGAGCAGGUAAAAGAGCUGCAGAGGGCUGCAUGUUCCAGAGGAGGAAUGCGAUCGGACCACCCUCCUCCCCCAGCCUAUGAAUUUGCUGGGGGAUCCCACUUAAACUCAGGGCCAUGGGCUAGUCCUGUCAAAGUGCCUGGCAACACAACAGAGGCAUCGCAUCCUUACCUAAUCAGCGAUGCAAGGAAAGGAGGACAAGAAGUGCAUGAAGAAGAGAGGGAAGUGAUAUCAGGUGCUACCAGAAGUGCCCAUCCUCACCAACUCCAAGAGAGCAAGGAUGACUCCACCACUCCUGACACUGAAGAUUACUUCAGCAAAGAUUCCACACCAAGUGAUAAUUCACUUUCCCCUCUGAUGGAUGACACCAAAGUGGAUGACGACAUUAUUAUUACAUCCCCUAACAAGAGUCGUACAACAGAGGACCUUUUUGCCAUGAUACACAGAUCCAAAAGAAAGGUCCUUGGCCGUAAAGAUUCAGGAGACCUAAACGUGAAAUCUCGUCUUUGCCCUGUGUCAGCUGUAACCCCCAGUAAUGUUUCCACUGGUGUUGUCCCUCCAGCUCCUCCUCUUAACUUUCCUGCUACUUUAGCCAAUGCCGUUGGGUCACAGAGAGCUCCUGUUCCAAUCUAUCGUAGUGCUAAGAAAUCCAGCACAUCCAACGAGGAGUUUAAACUUCUUUUGCUAAAGAAAGGCAGCAGGUCUGAUUCUAGCUACCGCAUGUCAGCGACAGAGAUUUUGAAGAGCCCCAUUACCCCUAAAACACCAGGGGAGUACCUUCAAGAAGGUUCAAUUAGACAGGCAGAGGAGCAAUCUUCUAUGCCACAGGAGCCCCCAAUCUCUGGUUUGGACCCAAUCCAGAUACCAGGCCUUUUUCCUCGGACCAACUCGGAAAGUUUCACUCCCAAAACACUCCCCAUGUCAGCUGCAUCUCGACAGGGACGUUCUCGGAUCCCCCCGGUUGCUAACAGCAGUCGCUACAGUACACGCAGUCGCCUCUACACAGCGCCCAUGCAAGCCAUUUCAGAAGGGGAGACAGAAAACUCAGAUGGGAGCCCUCAUGAUGAUAGAUCGUCAUAAAAUGACCUGAUAAGAACUUUUGCCCGUUCUUAGCUGUUUUCUGGAUUUUCAAAACCUGCACUUCUCUUUUUCACCGGUGGAGGAAUUCCUGCAACUUUUCAAAUCUGACUGUUGCUGAAAUGCACUCAGCUAAAAGCUAACUGUUAAAAAGUGGCAGACUGUUGUGAGAUAGAGAAUCGUUAAAGGAUUAUAAUUAAAUCCUGAAAAUAUAUCUAAAUACCUUAUUUAGUGAAGAAUAGUUUCAUUCUUUAAAAGUGCAAGGAAUAUUUUGGUUGAACGGGCCUUUUUCUAAAAAAAUUAAUAAAUAAAUAAAUAAAAUCUCAAGUAUUUGGAAAAUGAUAGGACAUAAUAUUGUGACAAAGUGAGUGUGCAUGUAGAGGCACAUGCAAUCUUUACUAAUAUUUCUACUUUUUGUGUUUUCAAUGGUGCGGGUGCACGUAUGUCACUUGGGGACUGAUUUACUACUUCAUUUAAAAAUGAUUUCCACAUUUUGUAUUCUUUCAACCUAUGGUGCCCACUGCAUCAGCCAGACUUCCUAGACUCUUUACUCAGUAUUCCUGCCAACAAGCAAAGUCGGUUCGAUGUGAAAGUCACUAGCAAAAGUCUCAACUCAGCACCAAGUUUUUUAUUAUAUUUACAUCUGCAGACCUGCCAUAAAGUAUAUUACAAAGAGCCAAUCUUAUAUUUGUUGACUAAAAUGAUAUCCAAAUACUAACAUGAUGCAUGUAUUUUUGUAAAAAUGCGCCUCAGAAAAUGAUAAGACUUCAACUUGUUGCAUGACCUAUGUGGAAAGAAUCCCUGAUCCUAGUUUCUGUCAACAUUUUUGUACUUCUUUUGUAUUACAGGAGAAUCGAUUACGUCACUGCGAAAGAUAUGAGUUGCAUUUACGCUGCAUAGAUCAAAACAGAUUUUUCUUUGAGUAUCGAAAAACAGAAGGAGCAAGGGCUUGCACCUAUUUGUCUAUCAUCCAGGCUAAUUUUGGACAAUCGCACAGUGGCCUUUCUCUUACAGAGUUGGUUGCGGCAGGGCAUUUGAAAGUCCCUGAACGUAUAAAUUUAUAUGAAGCUACAUGCAAAGUUUCACUAAAAUUAAAUCUCACGCUUGUCAAAAGCUUACAUUAAAAUGUAUUGCUCCUUCCAGCUGCUAGCAAAAGUUGCCAUUCCAGAAAAAAAGGAAAUGUGCGUUUCAUUGCAAAUUUAAGUGAACCAGUGAGGGCAGAUGGUGAAAAUGCUUUAGAAGGACUUCAAUCUGUUGGACUAGAGUUUAACUUGGUAUGGUUUCACAGAUCCAGCCUCGUUUUGCACUUCGUGAUACACAAGAAUAGAAGAAAGAUAUAUCUUAUAAUGAAAUCCAUGUAUAUUUGUACUGAAUAGAAAGCUCUAAUCUAUAUUGAAAUUACGAGAACUUUUAUGGGUAACCAAUCUGCGUGUAGCAAAGAACAGGUCUCACUGAACAUUACACAUGAUUUCCUUUUUUUUUAUUUAGCAGUGUACUGUUCGCCUCUCCUUGUUGCCUCUCCUUCAUUUGCACUGACCCAGUAGCAUUAGACAGGUGAAAGUUCAACUCCAGUGGCUAAUAAACCAUUCUGAUUUAUACUUCAAACCUAACAUAUCACAUAAUUUCAAAAAGAGAGAAGACAACAACAGUAAACAACAGUAUGACAUAACAUUGAUGGUUCAUCUAUUACUGCUGCAAGGGUAAGAAGAGAUUUGCCCUUUGAAUAGAUAUACAUAUGUGGAAAGCUUGAACUCUCACCUGCCUACCAGAAAAAACACAACACAUAUACUUCUUAUGUUUAGAGACCAUGCUUCAAUUGAAACCAUUCACUGUAUUCUGUGAAUACCUCAGAAAUCAUGUCUGUUUUAUCAUGAUAGAUAGAUAGAUAGAUAGAUAGAUAGAUAGAUAGAUAGAUAGAUAGAUAGAUAGAUAGAUAGAUAGAUAGAU